UGCUUUCCUCUGCAUCAAUGAAAUCUUUCUUGCCUUUGAAAAAAAAAAAAAUUUAAAAACCCAAAACAAAUAAACAAAUAUAUUUAAUGGCUGCUUCUUCACUCUAGUCAUAGCAAUGUCAAACAAAUUUGUCACUUCUCUUUUCACUCUAGUCAUAGCAACGUCAAACAAUUUAUCACUUCUCUUUCAAACUCGACUCCGUACAUGAGCUACUGAGAAAAAAAACCAGAAAAAAAUAAGAAAAAGAAAGUACAUGAGCAACUGAAUUAGCCUUCUACCGAGGAAGGCACAUUACAUAAUGGCUGCUUCUUCACUCUAGUCAUAGCAAUGUCAAACAAAUUUGUCACUUCUCUUUUCACUCUAGCCAUAGCAAUGUCAAACAAUUUAUCACUUCUCUUUCAAACUCGACUCAGUACAUGAGCUGCUGAGAAAAAAAACAGAAAAAAAUAAGAAAAAGAAAGUACAUGAGCAACUGAAUUAGCCUUCUACCAACCCAAUUAUUUAUUGUUUUGGUUGAAAAUUAUUUUUAUCACCUUAUUGUUAAAGAUGGUUACGGGAGGAAGCUACAAGAAAUGCCCCCAAAGAGAAACCUUUUUCUGUCUUCAAGCUAUUGGCAAUCAUCUUCUUGUCUCUGUUUCAGGACGGCAACUACAGUUCCCGCCAUUCCUCAUUAGAAUAUCCUGAGAGUAUAAUCCCAAGAUAUCCUACGAAUCUCCUCUUUCUCUCUCAUCAUCGAGUUUUAGCCACAGAAAGAGUCCUAGAGAGAGAGUGUUAAGAACUAUUAAUCAAAAAAUCAUUGGAUCAACACUCGCUCUCAACUUCGUACCAUGUGUUCUUGUGCGCCCCAUUUAUUUUCUCAAACUCUCUCACACCCCAAACUCAUAGAACUCAAGACCCAUCAUUGAAUUCAAGGCGACCCGGUUGUGGAUUCUCAAGAAAUGUCGACGGAAAAUAGUCCUUAUAACCCGGGCCAUGUUGUUAUCGCCUAUGAUGCAACCAGGGAUCGCAACGAGCAAGAGCUUAAGCUCACUGUUGAAAAUGCCCGAGUGCGAGGUGACAUUCUUCACCCAGGUGAUACCCUCACCGUGCUUGGAGUUUUGCAGAAAAUUCCACACCCCUUGGGUUACCAAAUGCAUGCAAUCGCUGACUCUUUUAUUGGAGCAAACAUGCGUGCAAUGGAAGAAGAAGUUUCAAAAAGAGUUGAUGCAUACGUGACGAUGCUCUUGCAAAGUGCUGAAGAUUGCGAAGAUGAAGGGGUUAACAUUGAAGUCAAGAUUACUGCUGGAACUCCAAUCAAGAAGGUCGUUUUACAAGAGGUUACGACCUGUAACGCUACUUGGGUUAUACUAGACAGGCACCUCAGACGGGAUUUGAGAUUUUACCUUAAACAAAUACCUUGCAAGCUGGCAUUAGUUCAAGAUAACUUGUCUGUGGAGGUUUUGAGACCUCAUACUACCACUGAUACGGAUAAUAUAGAGCAUAAGUUGUUUCUUUCUUUAUCUAAGCCUGUCCCACUUUCAGCUGGUCAAGAUAAUAUGAGCAUCGAGCAGUCUGUUGUCUCUUGCAGAAGCUACAAUGCGUCCAUCAGUUCCUUGGAAAACUCUGAUAUGAGUAAGACCAACUUGGCAUCUUCAUUUAAGUACAGGUCGCGGGAGAAUAGCUUUUCAUCAUUUGAUGAUUUUGGCUCUACCUCUAAGCAUGAGAAAUCAGAUAGGUACACCAAAGAAGAAAGUAAGCACCCUAUUUCUCCACAGAUCAUCCAGAAACAGCGUAGAACUCCUAACCGACAGAGCUACGCUGAUGCACCUCUUCUCUGUACCGGUUGCGGUAUGAAGACUGAGUUGUAUAUCAAGGAUUCCAUGAGAUUUAGUUAUAGUGAGAUACAAUUUGCAACAAAUGAUUUUUCGAAGGAGAACAUGCUUGGAGAAGGUGGAUAUGGUUUUGUAUACAAAGGUAAGCUUAAGGAUGGGCAGCUCAUUGCUGCAAAGGUGCGGAAAGCAGAAAGUACUCAGGGAUUCAAGGAAUUCCAUUCUGAAUUAUAUGUCCUAAGCUUUGCACGUCACAAGAACAUUGUGAUGCUGCUGGGUUAUUGUUGCAAAGAAAAAUAUAACAUUUUGGUCUAUGAGUAUAUCUGCAAUAACUCCCUUGAGUGGCAUCUCUUUGACAAAGCAGCAAAGGUUCUUGAGUGGCACCAAAGACAUGCCAUUGCUAUAGGGACUGCAAAAGGGUUGCGUUUUCUACACGAAGAGUGUCGUAGUCCUAUAAUUCAUAGGGACAUGCGGCCAAGCAAUAUACUACUCACACACGACUUUGUUCCCAUGCUAGGUGACUUUGGCCUUGCAAAGUGGAAGACUAGUGAUGAUCCUGUGCAGACGCGAAUACUUGGCACAUUAGGAUACCUUGCACCUGAGUAUACAGAAAAUGGAAUUGUUUCUGUAAGGACAGAUGUUUAUUCAUUUGGUAUUGUUCUGCUACAGUUGAUAUCAGGGCGCAAGGUGAUUGAAUCAGAGAGAGUGGAUCAGCAACAGUCCAUGCGACAGUGGGCAGAACCACUGAUUCAGAGACUUGCAUUACAUGAACUCAUUGAUCCUCGUAUUGGAGAGUCAUAUGAUACAUAUGAAUUGUACCACAUGGCUAGAACAGCAUACAUGUGUGUGCAGAGUAACCCUGAGAUGCGCCCAUCAAUGGGAGAGGUUGUGCGCCUCCUUGAAGGGGAAAAUGAGAACUUCCACCAUUUAGCAGAGCAAUUCAUUCCACAUUUUUCUAAAUGAUGGAAAGGAUAGCAUAUAUUUCCUUUUGCUAGUUAAUGCAUCUUUUUGUACCUGUGUUAAUACAGUUUCAGCAAAGUUAAUACAGCCUUAAAUCUGAAUUACA